GAUAGUAGGUCACAUCAUCAGCGUGUUCUGACACAAAAAAAAAUUGAAAUCACAUGGAUUGGAAAGUUUCUAACGGCUGGCACUCCUUGUGCCAUGGCUGAUACAAUUAGGAGAAAAAGUGCUGGAUUGACUGUUAACAUGGCAGGAAAGGUAACUACGGAGGGUAAUUCGAUUGUUACUCCGCCUGGAAGUAGCUCGAAGACGGCAAUCGGGUCACCGACCAGCGAUGGCGCGAGAGAAGUGCGCGAAGACCGCGCUUGGAAAGCAUACGUUUCACAGAUUGAUUCCACCAUUCCAUCUUCAUUACUGGUGAAUGGAGAGGACUUGAGUAUGGCGUCCAAUCUUGGAUUUCUGUAUGAUUAUUACGAGGUGACGGAGGAAUCAAGUCAGGCUCCCCCUUCGCCACCUCAAGGUUCUGGAGGAGGAAAUGGUCAAGGGAACCCCUCUUCAGCAAACAACCAUUCACAAGGAGGAAACAGUGAUUCAGAUUCAGGGAGUCCUUCCCAGUCAGAGCAAGCCACUCUUAGCUUUUUACAAGCAGUGCAGCAGAUAAAAAGCCCAAAACAUAGUGCACAAGUCCAAGUUGACCAUGGAAAUCACCAUAUUACUCCAAAACAAGAAAAAAUGACUUCAAAUGUUAAGACACUCACCCUUGGGCAACAGAUUAAAGUGCAGCCAAGUACAUCAAGUUGUAGCCACACCCCUAUACCUGUGGGUCGCCCCUCUUCGUAUCCUCCCUCUGCUAAAACUUCCCAACAAGUAAGCGAUGUUUCCCCGCUCUCAUUGAGCACCACUCCACCUGAGGCAUUUAACUUCACUCCAUACAAUCAGGCACUGAAAUCUACCCCAACUGUUUUCUCUGCUCAAGAUAGGUAUUCCUUCAUCCUUGAGGCACCUACAUCCAUUAUACAAAGAAGAGGAGAUGACACUUUGACAUAUCUUAACAAAGGUCAAUUUUAUGCUAUUAGUUUUGAGGGUAAUGUGGAUCCCCCAUCAACUGAGGAGGAAAUUCAACGUGUCAGGUCCGUUGUUCAUUUGGUUUUCCGUGAUGAGAAGGAUCCAAGAACAGAAUGGGAACACUGGCAAUAUUGGCACAGCCAGCAACCUAACCCUCAACAACGAGCAUUUGACAUAGAUCGCAAGUCUUGUCAGAAUAUAGAAGAUAACAUAGAUGAGAUAUCAUACAAUGCAGCUAUGUUUACAUGGAGCCCUCACUUGAAUGCAAAAAUAGUAAUAAGGAUCAACUGCCUUAGCACUGAUUUCUCCUCUCAGAAGGGAGUUAAGGGAAUUCCACUGCAUCUCCAGAUUGAUACAUAUGAAGAUAUACCCAGUCCAGAUACAGAACCUGUACAUAGGUCAUUUUGUCAGAUUAAAGUGUUCCGCGACAAAGGUGCAGAACGAAAAAACAAAGAUGAAUCAAAAAGUGCUGAAAAGAGAAUUCAGAAAUGGGUGAAGCAGAAUACAUCAUCAUGUGCUGAUCCCAACAUGGUGUCUCCUACAUCUCUAUUCCAUCCUCCCAGUAAAUACACGCGGCUUCAGACAACCACACCACUAGGACCAAAGCCUAUUCUGUUUACUCCCGCUGUACACAGCACACAUAUACAAGGAGGAUUUGAGGAGUCAUCUUUGCAGACAUUAUCUCUGUUGGCAUCCAUAAAGGAUCGCGAAAAUAAACGGACUCUGCAAUCACACUUAGCCCUGGCAAAGGAUGAGCUUGCUGAAUUAGAAGUUGUUCCUAGAUUAAAAGUACAGAAAAUCCACAGACCCAAUAGACCAGCUGUUACAAUUUAUGUGAAGAAAGAUGAGGAGAAAGUUUACAAUGCUCUGAUGCUUGAUAGCUUGACCGUUGGAGACAUGGUUGAAGCGGUUGCUAGUAAAUAUGGCAUGCCUCCUGAGAUGAUAAAGAAUGUUUAUAAGAAAACCAAGAAGGGGAUUCUUGUUAACAUGGAUGAUCGUAUGAUUGAGCAGUUUGUGGAUGAAGAUGAUUUCAUUAUUAACCUGGAUUUUGAUAAUCAACUUGGGCAUUUUGAACUAACCUUACAGUACUGAACCAUUUUACACCACUAAGACACCUGUCCUGUCUUUUUUUUCUUCCAUUGAUUCCCACAGCAUGAUUAGUAUUUCUCCCCUUUGUUUGUCACACAUUUCCUUGGAGAUGAGUAGAGGGAGUUUGGGUUUACAAUCAAGAGGUAAAUUGUAUUUUCUCAUCACCUGUUUGACUGAUAUUUUAUGGGUACUGUAAGAAGAAGUUGUGUGUUUAAUCCUUUUGGAUGUAUAAGGGCUCAAAAACAAAAAGAAAACUGAGUUUCUUGCACCCAUGUGUUCUGAUGUAUUUUGAGACACUAAGAAUUAGAAGUGUCAGUGCUGUUAAAGUUAACAUGAACUUUUAAGUGAGGUUAUUUUCCUCGGCAUUGUACACAGUCUUGUCUUAUCAGUUACCAUGUGGAUGGUUGCAUGACGUGAUGUAGGUUGCUCAAAGCUUCCACAGGAUCUGGUUGAUAAAAUUCUCCCUUCUAGCUGUUAGAAAUUUCUUAGUAAAUUAGGAAAGGGAGUUUGGUGUUACAGUAGCUCAAGAUAACAACCUCUACCCAAUAUGUUUUUGUAUUCACUUCACCUGUUUGCUGGAUAAUAAUAUGGACAAUAUAGGGAGAAGUGAUGUGUUUAUCACUUCAGGGAGUCAAGGGGCUAAAAAUCAGUUACAGCAAAGUUCUCUGAAUGACUGUCAGCUACCCUAAAGUACAUGUUAAUCACAAAAUCUUCAUCUUUGCGGGACUAUUAGUGUAGUUUGAGAAACACUGGUAAUUCUUAUGGGUAUAUAGGUCCAUGCCUACAACCAUGCCUGUGACUUUUUCUCCCAGUGACCUUCGCAUGUUUAAAUGGUCAUUAAGGAUUUAGAGACACUCAAGUGGAAAGAAUACAGAUGUGUUAUGUUGUGCACUUUUAUUCUUAAUGGAAUUUUUAAGAUUUGUACUUUUCCACCACUUGGAAACUGUGGUUCAACUGUUUUGUGCUCUGUAGUGUUGUUUAUAAACUAUUAUUGAACAGGAAAAUUCUUGCAGUAAAAACUAGUCUGUUGGUGGAAAAACAACGUUCACUUUUCUAUGAAGAAUUUCUAAUAGGAGCAUUUUUACAAAGACCUUUUGCUUAAAGGAAUAUUGCACAACUGUGUCAGAGAAAGUUAUAUUGCAUGAUAAUGAAAAUAAGUUAAAGGGUUAGCAUGGGUUGUACCAUCUAGAGUUUCGAAUUAUGAUCAAUUAUUCACUGAAGUUGAGGUGGAUAGCUGUUUUAGUAUAUACCACACAGGAAACAAAAAUAUUAGUUUAUUUCUGUCAUUAUCUGAACCAGCAAAUCAGUGCAAGUGAAAAGCACUAUUUACCUGUGUGGUGUAUACUCGUUAAAGAUAUCCUUAACUUGUGAGGGAGACUGCAGACUGUUGUAAAGGCUGCCAACUGUUACUGAAACCUCAAGAAUUGUUUGUGGCUGAAUGUGAGGCCUGUAUGACGUAACUAAGACAAGUAAGGCUAUCAUUUAAGGCAUGUAAAAACAAAAACAUUCUUCUAAAAAACAUAAGUAUGCGUUAAACUUAUUCACUCUGUGUUUGAAAGUCUUGUACCAUAAUGUACAAAUACAAAGUAAAAAGUAAACCUUUUUUAUAAGGUAUUAUCCUUU